CUCUUUUAGCCUCGAUCCCAGGCCGCUCUUCCUUUGUUAAUUGUUUAGGCCUUGUGAAGGAGCCUAGAACUCUUUAUAUAACUGCUAUCUCUGGCUCCGCCCAACUAGGUUAACACACCCGUACCCCUUCUCUGUCUCUUCAGCGUAUCAGGCAGGAGCACAGAUCCACGGAUAUAAUUAUAUCUAGAGAUGGCAGAGAAAAUUGAUCCCUCUAUGUCAAUGGUCCUAUAUCGCAUUCAUCGAGCUUGUGAAUAUGCCCAGUUCGAGCAGUUGAAGCUAGCCGUUGAAUGCUUGGGCAUUAGUCAAAGACAAAUUGACAGAAUGAAACAAGUCUAUGAAGCUUACAAUUUUCUCGAUAGUCAACAGUCAACUACCAGUGAAGCUAUCCCUCUACUUUAUGCUGUUCUAGAGGAGAUGGAUGUGCAGGCUCUAGAGCUUUCUGCAUUAAAGAAGUUUACAACGUCAAAACAACUCGAGGCAUGUCGUAAACGAAAAGAUUUCGGUUUUGCCAAGAUGAUCAUCAAGCUGUGCAACGAAUUCGGUGAAGAAGACUUUAGGGACUUUCGCCAACUUUGUCUAGUUCACCUUGACCACACGGUUAAUUCAGAUCAUUGUGAUACAAUUGUGAAGCUGUUCCAGAAGCUUAUUCGAGCCAAGAAAGUGGUUCAUCCUGGCAGUGUGCAAGUCCUGAGUGAGAUUCUGACAGGAAUGCAGAAAGAGAGCAGUCUGGAAUAUGUGCAAGAGUACAACAGAGUGAUUGGAAAUUUUAGUCAGGCAACACAGGAAGAAGGUCUACCCAACCCUCGUAACAGUGAGGAAGCUAGGAUUGAUAAAGAUGGUCUCGAAACGGCUAGAACAGAAGAUCUACCCAACCAUCAUAACAAUGAGGAAGCUAGGAUUGAUAAAGAUGGUAUCGAAACGGCUAGAACAGCUACAAACCCAGCGAGGUAUCCCAUACUUGAAUCGGCUAAGUCUUAUUGUGUGCUAACAGAGCAACACUAUUUGGCCCCUCAUCCUGCGGUUUCACCACAUGGGACUCAAGCUGGUUGUAUUCGUACUGAUCGUGUAUGGGAUACAUCACGCAUUUGUGAGCUGAAGGUACAUUUUAUGAACCCUGAACUGCUUCGAGCUCCCGGUAAAGCCUGGAGAGUUGGUAAUGAGCAGCUCACGACUGAGACUGUUCUUGCUUGGGCCACUAGAGGUUGGAAUAAAUCUCAAUCUAACUAUCCACAAAUUUCCGAACACCCUGCUCUCAACGUGGAUGAAUCUCAAAUAAGAGUGACCUUUGGUACAACUGGAGUGUGUUGGUCGUGUGUUGGCCGAGAUGCUGAAUACAAUCAGGGUAAAUGUACGAUGUACCUCAACGUCUACAACAUGACCCAACAAGACCAAUUAAGCCUUAUUCUUCACGAAUUUGGGCAUGCCCUUGGCUUAGAGCACGAGCAUCAGCGAUCUGACUUUUGGGCAGUUCUACAAAAUCUUUUGGCAUAUAAACCGAAGAAAUUACCUCACGCUUGUGAUGAACACUUGAGGUUCCCGUUUGAAGAGGGCGUGACUAGAUUUCAAACUGAGUAUGAUCCAAAUAGCAUCAUGCACUACUGGUUCAGGAUUGAUUGGCUGCUGCCUCAAUACCAUAAUCUUGAAAAAGUGAGAGCUAUGACUGUUCAGGAACUACCAGAAUUGGAAAGAAAGGUGAUUGAAGGUGUUCACCUGAGGGACUAUAACAAAGGCCGAAUGGCAAAAGGACCAUCACAAAGGGACUAUGAUACUCUUGAAGGAAUCUACAAACAUUUAAAGCUGGCAAAAAAACUUUAAUGAAUUUAUUAGGUAAAAGUGUACUUGCAGUGGUUGCAUGCAUGCACUGAACGUGGCUGUUUUUUGUCUUCAUUGCUUUGCUAUUUAUACAUGUAUGUAUAUAAUUAAACGUCUCGUGGAUCUGUUUAUACUGCUGUGUCUAUAAAAAUUAUUAGCCUGGCCCUG